AUGAUGUUCCGAGAACACAUUACCAGCUCCGAGUUGAGUCUUGACAAAGCAUGCAUUUUUAUUUCAGAAGAGCGGCAUCCAAUGUCUGUUACUGGAAGACUCAAUAUUUCGCUUGCACAAGCCGUCUCGGUCAAAAGUAUCAAAGUGAGAUUGAGGGGAACAUUUGCAGUUCCUAUCGAGGGAAUAUUGGGUUCAGACAGUCGCGAGCAGAUCACAUUCGAGCGAGAACAGCCACUAGCUUCUUCCAAAACGCUCAGCGCAUUCCAAAUGCCGGCUGGAGAGCACGCAUUUUUAUUUGAUAUUCCACUUCCAAGUAAGAUUUUCGACACGGCAACUGGCGCGAACCAUCAAUAUCACACAUAUCGCGUAGAGGGAGUUAUCGAGCGCCGCCUCAAAAGCGAUUUCGUGGUCUCGCAGCCGGUUAGGAUUUACCAGGUUUCCGAUUUGGAAACAAGCUAUUCAAGACCACAUUGCCCACUGACUCUCGAGGGUCACUCCAACGAAAAUAUCCAGUAUUGUCUCUCCAUCACUGACCGGAAUGUUCCCUUUGGUUGCACAUUUCCUGUGGAAUGCUGGUUUGCACCGCUAUUGAAAUACGCCAAGCUCAACACUGUUACAAUUAAAGUGAUCGAGAAACAAACUGCGCGGUUGGAAGCUACUGCUGCAGAAUCAGUGCGACACAACAUGCGGUUUAUUACUGCAGCGCAAACUCAAACGGUCUUCUCCAAGACCAUCGAUUUGUCUCAAGAUGAGUCUCCUGUAGAUGGUUCGGAAAUUGAAUGGCGCUUCACUACUCCCGUCUCUCUGCCUCAGAGUCUCAACGCCUGCUCGCAGAGUAUGUCGACCAGACACAUCAAGAUCACCCAUGAGCUUUCCGUCACUGCUGAGUUCCACGAUGAGGCAGGGGGCGGGGCAGCUGCGAUCACGGAAGUUAUGCCAUUUAAGAUUUAUAUGACACCCAAUGUGAUUGGAGACGACGCGUCUGUCCAUGGGCAAGAUAUGCAACACAUCCAGGGAAGUCAAAGUCCUCCUCCAGCUUACAGUGAUCGUUUUUCGGAUUUGAUAGUAGCGGUGGGUACUCAAAUGGAUCUUCAUGGGCCCCCGAUGCUAGUGGAGAUCAAUUCUGCGCGUUCUUCGAGUGAGCAAAGUGCGAGUAUUCACGCCAUGGAGCCUGUUCCCCGAUAUGAAGAGGUUGUAUAA